AUGGAAUGUGUCAUAAACACAAGAACGAGUGAUGGUGUGUUGUUAUGUAGCACUAUAGUUAACGACCAUGUCAAAUGAAACUACUGACCAAAAGUUUGCACGACCAUGUGUUUUGUUAAUGACUUGCUCAAGUAGUUUAAUCUCAAGGCCAUGACACAUAUGGACGUGACAGGUGGGGUUCGUGUCCCCUCUGCAAAUGAAGCAUUUAGGAGGAUGCCAGCGUCGGAUGCUUCAAAUAAUCAUGCUGAAGUAACAAAAAUACAACCAGAAAGUUGCAACAAAAUCCAGAGUGUCAACGGUGGAAAUGUUUCUGUAAACGCCGUGAGCUGCCAGUCGAGUGGCUUGUUUGUUACAAAUGGCAUAACUGGACAUGUUCAUACAAAUAGUGUAGCUUUGUCUACAACUACGACUCAUCCAAAUGACGUCAAGGCAGUUUCCAAUGGCCAGACAUCGCUUAUAUCAGCAGCAGCUAUGUCAGAUUCUGCUCCAAAUAAUCAAACUUUUGCACUGAGUUCCUGUAAACCACAAACGGUAAUGAUUGCGCCUAAAUCACCUGGUUCUAUAAUGCAGAAAUCUGUUGUAAUUUCAACUAGUUUAAAUAGAGAGAUAACUACAAAUAUUUUAAAUACGUCUGCAAAUAUGCCAGCAUCUUUAGACAGUACAGUACCGAAAAUAGUUGUACAUACAAGUAAGCCUGGAGCAAACGCACAUGCAAUCGUAAGUAGUAAUCCAGGUCAGGAGAGUACAACCAUGACCAGUGCGAACAGCCAUUCCUCAGUUGUCAGCCAUUGCCAACCUUUGCAGACUGUAAAUGUAUCGGGACAGGCAAGCGUGGAUAAAAGCCUGGCACCUGCAUCUCAGACUGGAAUGGUAACAACAACAACUGUGGCAUCUACUUCAAAAGUGACAAGAGUAGGCGCCAUCACUCAGACACCUGGGAAGGGGACUGUACUUGCUGUACCAAGAGUGAGUACUCCUCAGCAAAAUGGGACACCACAGGCUGCACAGACCACUACAAUACAGCUACCUGCAAACUUUAAAAUCCCACAAGGGAUGGUACUUAUUAGAAGUGACAGAGGUCAGCUGAUGUUGGUAUCUCAACAAGCCUUAGCUCAAGCACAAGGGGCUGGACUCCCCAGACCUGCCGCUACUACGCCUACUCUACGAGCUUCUACACCAAAGGCCGCUACAACAACGACUCUUAGAAAACAGGAGUCUGCAACCAUUGUCAAAAACCAAACUCAACAAAUCAGCCCUGCUGUAACUUCGGUGCAAAGGAUUCCAGUAGUAAAAACUACAGGAAUUGCUUUUUCUGCAACAUCAGUUCAAACAGUGAGACCCCCAGGCCCAGCCCCAGCUCCAGCUCCAGCUCCAGCUCCAGCUGCAGCUCCUACCACAGCAGAGGGAUCCAAAGUAAAGUCUGUUGCACAGAGCACUGUCACUGCAGAGACAGUAGAGAAUGCAAAAAAGUGCAAGAAUUUUCUUGUGACAUUAAUUAAGCUAGCCUCCAGCGGAACCCAUUCUGCUGAAAUGGCAAAGAAUGUUAAGGAGUUGGUGCGGAACCUUCUGGAUGCAAAAAUCGAACCAGAGGAGUUUACGAACAGAUUGUACACUGAACUGAAGUCCUCCCCACAGCCUUACCUUGUGCCUUUCCUCAAGAAAAGUUUACCAGCUGUUCGCCAGCUGACCCCAAACUCUCAGCUCUUCAUCCAGCAGUGUGUUCUGCAGAAAGAUGGCAUUGUCUCCACAGCCGCAAUCGCAGCGCAACAGGCUGUGAAACAGACUUCUGUAACAGUUGUUGCCAACAGCAAAACUAUAGAACCGGCAGAGCUUGCACAGCCAGUGAAACCUGCACAACCACCAAAGCCAGCACAGAUGAUAGUUCAGCAACCAAGAGGAGUUGUGAUAAAACCACCAGCAAGCAUUACGCAAUCCCAGCAAUCAACACAGAUUGUGAACAGAAUCCAGCUCAAGACCCCGGUGACAACCACUGUCCGGUCCAAUCUGUAUCCUGCAGGUACUGUUGUAAAGCAGGCAGCACUUCUUGGACCUAAAGCUAUCCGUGUGCAUUUCAAAGAAAAUGGAGCAGCCCUUUUCAGAGAUGAAGAUGACAUCAAUGACGUGGCUUCUAUGGCUGGAGUCAACUUGAAUGAAGAGAAUGCACGUAUCUUAGCCACAAACUCUGAGCUGGUGGGAUCGGUAAUAAGAUCCUGCAGAGAGGAGCCAUUUCUUCUAACAUCUGCCCUGCAAAAGAAAAUUUUGGAAACAGGUAAGAGACAUGGCAUUACAGAAGUAAAUCCAGAUGUUGUGAGUCUUGUCUCUCAUGCCACACAGGAGCGCUUACGGACAUUGGUAGAAAAAAUGACUGUGGCAUCACAACAUCGGACAAGAUCAUACAAGGAUGAUAGUAGAAACUUACUACUGAAUGACACUCGAUCUCAGCUGAAGUUCUUUGAGCAGCUUGAUCGUUUGGAAAAACAAAGAAAAGAUGAAGAGGAAAGAGAAAUGUUGCUACGUGCUGCAAAGAGUCGGUCCAAUAAAGAAGAUCCAGACCAACUGAGGUUAAAACAGAAAGCCAAAGAGAUGCAGCAGUUAGAAUUGGCAGAGAUGCAACAGAGAGAUGCAAAUCGAACCGCGCUUGCAGCCAUUGGGCCAAGGAAGAAACGACCACUAGACUCCUUAGGCUAUGGAUCUGGUAGUGAGACAAUUGGCAACGGAGAUGUUACUGGUGCCUCUCAGUCAGCGAUUCCAAAGCAGUUCUCCCGUCUAAGGACAACCCGUGCCACUCUCAAGGACCUCAUCUUCUGCAUGGAACAGGAGCAAGCCAUGAGACAAUCAAUCACCUUGUAUCGUGCCUUCCUCAAAUAGUUAUUCACUUCAGUAUGUUGGACAAUUUCUGAAGCUGAAAUCCUUUAUUGCACUAUUCUGAAAUAUAUUUCAGAAAAUCUGUCUAUUUGUGGAACAUCGUAUCUAGUUUACAAUCAUUUUUUUUCUUUUAAUUGAAAUAAUUUCAGUCUGUAAUGCGAAGGGAUGCUUGUGCUCCAUUUAUUGUAGUGCAUUUUCAUCUAGAGGUGUACAUCAUCAUUUAUUGUUUCCAUUGAAUGUUCUUUCAGUCAAAUCAGUAAAUGUAAGCAGGUUUAAACUAAUUUGUUCUAAAUUCAUUUGAAAGUUCAGCGCUUAUUAUCGUGAUGUUUGUAGAAGGUUCAAAUGGAGAUGCCAUGCCUAGUUUUUCAUCUGUCAUCUAAUAAUGCAGGGAGGCCUAGUAAAAACUAGAAAAGUUUAAAAAAGAAAUAAAGAGGAAUUCCAGUAUUUCUGUAUGAAUUUUGUUUGUAUUCAUCUCAUUUAUUUUAAGCCAUUAUACUCAUUCCCCCAAAAUAAAAACAGUAUGGCCUUGACUUUCAAGGAGAGGUAGGUCAAUUCUGUGGCUUACUGUGUUAGGCCAGUGACCAGGGGCUCUGUGGUUUUGGUUAGAAAAGACAUACGUAUUUCAGGUUCUAUGAGUGGUCUCAGCUGACCUAUAUGUGCAGUGAUCCGAACCUACAACAUUUACACUGACUGUUUGAGGCUUCAGAAAGCGACACCUCAGAAGAUCUGCCAAUGAGGAGGUGAUCUAACUACUAGAAUGACCAGGGGUGGAUGACAUUUCUGUGUGUGUAUGUUUAGUCUUAAAAAUUAAAAUUAAUUAGAUGUAAUAGAUAUUUAUUUACAGCUUAGCAACCUCUAAUCUGCUUUCAGUUAUACUAUAAUCACUGUAGAGCCUUACAUAUUAAAUACAUUUACUGGAAAAUAAAUAGUGGUGUAAACCUCACAAGUUCUGACAUUAGGUUAUGUGAUUUAAAGAUGUAUUCUUUCAGUGUAUGACUAUUAUUUAAAUGGGUGAUACUCUCUCUGAAGGAUAACAUUAUUAUUAUUAUUAUUAUUAUUAUUAUUAUUAUUAUUAUUAUUAUUAUUAUUAUUAUGCAGUAUACCGAAGGGCUUAUUAAAUCCUAACUGUUCUUGAGAGAAAUAUUUCUGACUUUUUGUUUUGUGUAUUUGUCAGUUUUACCCGUUCUCCUACCCAACUUCAUAUGCCCAAUUUCUCCUCACCGCUGCAACCCACUGAUCGAUCAGCAGGCUGCCUUGAUUCCUGCUUUCAUGCAUAGCGCCUCUCUUCACUCGUCAAACCUGAGCAACAGAUGUUAUCAAACUACUGAACCCUGGGGACAAGGACCCAGCUUGGGAAGUCUUGGGUUUCUCACCAGUAGUGAUCGCUGAAGUACCAUGACAACUCCUGACUACUUUCCUCCUUAACACUCCUGGACCAAAAACAUCACUUAUCAUAUCAAUUAAAUAGUGUGUUGACUAAAUAAAUGCUAUUGUUUGUUACCGAACUAGCAGUAAACUAUCCAUUUAUAAAGACAUUUUCCAGUAGGGAUUUUUUUUUUUUCUAUUUUGGUAUAAAUCCCAUUUCCUUUUGAUAGUACCUGCUAUGGCAAUGCCAAAGAUGUAAAAUACUGUUUAUUUGUUCUGUAUUGUAAAUGCUGAAAAUAUUAUUUGUUGGUUUUGAGGUUGUUCAUACAUUUUGGAUUGGGUUCUUUAAUGCUCCCUGGUGUGGCAUAAUCUGUUUCAUUAAGUAUUCUCACUUAGAUUUGUUUCCUGUCAACACAGGAUAAUUUAAAUACUUGUGUGCACUGUUGUAAGUGUGACAUUGUGAAAUGCAGCUUGAUUAGUGCCACUAAUCACAAGACAAUUUGUUUUGUAUUUUUGAACUACUGUUUGUUAAACUUACAAUUCUGUUUUAAACAAUAUCCAAAAUGUAAUGCAGGAUACGAUUUUUUUUACAAACAGAAAUCUCGUUUUAGACUGCGGGAAGAUGCAAUAUCUAUCUUAAAAGAAACCAACAUUUCUUUUUUUUGUUAAAGCCUAUCAAAUGUGUUUGUAAAAUAUACUUGACAUAGGUUUAAAAUGAUUUUAUAUACUGUGUUUAAAAAAAUAAAUAAAUAAAUUUACUGU